AUGGAAAAUCAAGAAGGCGGAUCUCCGAAACAGAUUGCGGCCAUUCCGUCAUUGCUCACUCAACAAUCGCUGCCAUCAGCGGCAGCGACCGCGUUUCGAAGUCACACGUCAGAAAGCCAAGAUGAUCUGUCUCCCACAAACUCGUCACAAGCGCCAACACCAGCUGGCCCAAUCGGCGCGUUCCGCUUCUCCGCAUUUUUUAACCCUGAUAUUUUACGUAAUCUAAAUAUUCAGAAGUCUUCUCCACCAAACCAACCUUCAGACGACGUUCCACCUCCACAGACAUCGCAACCAUCAUCGGAUACCACAGCUGAACCUUUACCUUCACCUGCAGCUACUCGUAUUCACCAUCCGAUACCCGUACAAUAUAACACAGAUCUAAUAGCCGCAGCGACAUCUGUUAACUCUAACGUUAUUCUGGUAGACUGGUUGGGACAUCGGGUUUUGGCACGAGUGCCUCCUGGUGUAUAUCAGCCGGGGUUUGUGAAAACUGCAUAUGGUAACCGCGAUAUAAUUGUGCAGUUGGAUGAUGGUAGAGAAGCUAGAUAUGACUAUGUAACAAGCGAGUUUAACUUGACAAUGGUGAUUGCCGAUCAGGCUCCUAGUCUUUCCGACUUAACAACACUUGUCUCAAACACAAUUCUGGCAGUACGAUUACCACUGGAGAAGUCAGAAACAAUUUACAGAACGGCUGAACUUCAAUCAAGCAACGGGAAUCCGCCGAAAUUUAUGGUGAAAGUGACCAACGCAAAUUACUCAAGUCUAGUGUCUCGGGCAAAUUUGAGAUUGCUCCGGCCGCCCUGGUAUGAGGAUUUAAUAAAUCCACAACGGGUUUCUAACAGUGUACCAACAUCUUCAAUGUCCUUACCUAGCACAAGCGAAGACGGCCGACAAAACACAAAUUCGCAAGACAACGUUACUUUAUUGAUGGCUCUGCAACAACAGCAGCGGCGUUCACAGCAAUUACAACAUGUCAUUAAUAUCACUCCCAUACCGACACCCAUUUCAACAGGUCAGAUUGUUACUCACGCAUCACCGGCUGGUACGGUGAUCGUGCCAGUGUUACCGUUACAACCUGGCACCUCAAAUCAGGAAUCGAGCUCAAAAACUGUUUCAAUAGAUUCUGACGAAGAGCUUCCAGAGUCGUCAAAUCAGGACCAGUCGGGUGAACCAUCACCAACCACCGUAUCAUCUGCUGCUUCACGGUCACUGUUUGUGAAUCCAUCGCAAGAUUCCGGAAUAUUCGAGGCCGACGUAGAUACGCCGCAGUCAAGUAUGUUUCACAGUAUCAACGCUCCAGUUUGUGCUACGAAAGCCAUGUUAGAUCAGCAACGUUUCAAAAAAGGUGAAAUCGUGACGACGCAGUGCGGUAUUCGAAAAAAGUUCAAUGGCAAGCAGUGGCGACGGUUGUGUUCGAAAGAAGGUUGUAAUAAGGAGUCACAAAGACGCGGCUACUGCUCACGACAUUUAUCUCUCAAGAGCAAACCACCUCACGGUCAUCAUAUGGAACGUGGAUCUCCCGGAAGCAGCAAAUCUGAUAUAUUUCACCCUGAGCCAACAGUAUUCUUGCCCAGUAGCACAGCAUCUCGAGUACCAACUACAGUGAAUACUGCAGUGUUUUCCGGAAAAAUCAACCCAUUAUCUGCUCCAACAUCACUGCUGACGGAUAAAAAUUUACCAGUUCAACUCGUGGCCGAACGAGCACACAAUCUUCAGCAGAUAUUGCAGCUUGGCAACGUCAGAUUUGAUAAUUUUCAGCAGAUUCAACAAUUAUUAAUGCAACACGUGCCUCAAGGUAGGCGUCACGAGCCGACAGCUGUGUCACAGGCAAAUUCGGCAUUUUGCCCUCCAAUCAGCCUUCCAAACACAUCUUCAAUGUUCAAUAUCAAUCCAGCCUUAUUCUCUCAGCUUACUGCUCCGUUAUUUCAACAACAUGCUCAGGCGAUUCUCCAGCAACAGAUAAAUGCACAGAAUAGUCAGACGAAUAACAACAGUUUGAAACCUGCCGAGGAUGAGCCAGAGGAGGAAGAUGACGAUGGAGCUGGAAGUGAUAACGUCAGUGUUUGUCAGAAGACGGAAGAACGGUCUGACGACGACGAUGAUGAUAGUUCGGGAGGAGGCGGAGGCCUCACGUCAACAGGAUCUUCAAAUCCGAACGGGUCUAGUUCAAAUUUUCAAAUUCACACAACAUCCCGCAGUGGUGAAUCAAACGUAACACCAACUUCCGGUGGUGAUCAAAAUCAAAACCAACAGAGCAAUUCGCGGAAUUCAAGUGCAGAACUUGCUGGCUGCGACAUGUCCCAGGAGUUGUCAGUUGAAACCAGCGACGCUGGUCCGCCAACACUUCCGUCACAGCCGUCCUCUAUUGGCAGCAGUGUCAACUCAGCGUUCCGAUCACCAGUUAAAAUCGAACCCAAUGAUGAUUACGAGCAGUCAAGUGUAAAAGACGUAAUGGAUGUCAAGCCGGAGGUUUUUCAGUCAGCCAAGGAGCGACGACGCUCGAAAGUUUCAGCGAAUGAGCCACACGUUCGCCGUCCAAUGAACGCAUUCAUGAUAUUUUCGAAACGUCAUCGUCCGCUUGUCCACCAACAGUAUCCGAAUAAAGACAACAGAACCGUGUCGAAAAUUCUCGGAGAAUGGUGGUACUCCUUGGCGGCUGACCAGAAAGCGGAAUAUCACAAACUUGCAACACAAGUGAAAGAAGCACACUUCAAGGCUCAUCCAGAUUGGAAGUGGAGUACGAAGGAAAAGAAAAUAAAGUCCGAGUCGCUGAACACCACGCCGGUGGCGCUGACCCCCUUGAAAAAUAAGGUAUUUGAUUUUGAUAUUCGCACUUCGGAUGACUUGGCAAAGUCAUUUGUCGACGGAACUGCACUUCUCAGCCCAAUGACUCCAAUGACACCUGGAGCGUCAGCAUUCAGGCAUCUGUCGUCACGCGAUUCAACGCAAUCUUCCACAUCGUCAUUUGAUUUCCCAGGCCUACCUUUGAUGAGUCCAAGUUUGUCUGCAAUUUCAAUGAACACUGCAAGUAUCACCAGUUCACCAGCAUUGUCGUCGGCUACACCAUCAUUCCAAUUUGAUUUUGAGAGCUUGAAACAAGGAACAGCUGGGGUGUACCCCACCUUCAACCCGGCAAUGAUAAGUACACUGGUCAAUUCGUCAACACCGUGUCGCCAAAUACUGCCCAUGUACAAUACCGACAUAUCCUCAUUCUUCUUGCCUACUGCGUCCGCAUUCCGCGUUCUGAACCCCACAAUCUCCUCCAUCAUUGGUGGUUUCUCGUCGGCGGACACUGUCACCACUCCCCUAGGUGCCCCAGCGACCACGAUGGCGGCCAUGAAGAUGUCGUUCCCAGAGACUGCCAGUAUGUUACCUCAGCUUCAAGAAAAGUUGGAGAGCGUGAGCUUUUUGGAUCAAAUAAAAAUUGAGCCUGGAGAGACGCCGUUGCCAUCGCCAAAUGUUGUACGUCCAACCAUAAUUCCGACAGCUCAAUUUUUGGCGCCAACUCAGCAGUUUGUACUUCAACCAACUCCUGCACAACUUGGAAUAAGACGUAAUAAGCGUCCAUUGCGUGAAAUCGACACCGACGUUACUGUUUCUGCUAAAUUGUUCAAAAGAAAUGACGAGCAAAUGGAUAAACUUCUUGCAAGAGUUGGGUUCACCGAGAAAUUCGCACAGCUUCCGGAAUUUACGCCUAAGAUUUACAACGAGAUUCCGGCCUCGCCGAAUUUGCCGACUCCAUUCAAGACUCCGGGUCAAGACCAAUCCAUCUUUUUUGGAGCGAACUUCAAUCCAGACCAACAAUUCUUAUCAAGAGACAAUGUGACGCCACAAUCCGCUUGUACUCCAAUGACUCCUAUGAUGUCUGGGCAGACAACUCCAAUGUUUGGCGAAAGAUCUUCGAUCAAGAAAUUGCUGGAAGAACGCAGAAGGCUGGUAGCCACGUUUUUGGAUGAUCAAGGACUCUUCCCAAAUAAUCACACUAUCAACGAGUUCCAAGAGCUCCACAAAGAAGUGUUCCCUACCAGAAAUGCUCUGAUUCUAAAAAUCCGAGAAGUACGCCAAAGAAGAAUGUCAACUGGCAGUGAAGCUGAGCCAAGCUACAAACCAACCAUCGAAAACAUAAUUAGCGCGCUCUACGACAAAUACCCUCAUGAAAACAAGCUACCGACCUCCAGCUUCUCGUCAUCCACCGAACUCAUUGAUAUCAUCGUCUGAUUCUACUCUGGGCCAUUACUUUUUUCCAAUCACCUUUUUUACGUCAUUUUCAAAAGCACACCCCUGUCUCUAGCUUUACCAUUUCAUCUCUCAUGCUUUUAUUUUUUUUCUGUUUUCUCAGCAAAUCUUAUGCACUUUUUGUGCUCUUCACAUUGCCACUUGCCCCCAAAUUUUAGCUUGUAGCCAUCUUGCUAGUCGAGCCCUGUGCACCAAAUCAACGUAGUUGUUCUAUUUCCCGGUCAUUUCCUUCGUCUUGUCAUCAGUUUCUAUAUAUUUUUGAAUACUUUUAUACUCCAUAUUUUAUGCAUAUAUUGAAUUUCACUCCUCAUCCAUGCACCCAUUUUUUUCUCAAUAUAUAUUUUUUUUCUGUCAGAGCCUCAGAGGCAUCAAAUUUCCGCAAUUUUAACAUCUUUGAUCACAGUUACACGUUUCAGUCUGUGCACCUUUUUCUUACACUUAGUGACAAUUUUCCCCAAUUAUGCUGUGAUCUAGUUCGUUGCUUUUACCCGACAAAUUUUCUCCCUGUGUCACAAUUUUCUUCAUUUUUCCGCCGACUUCAUGUAUUUUUGGUUUUAUGGUAGCUGCUCCUCAGUUUGUUUUUUUUCUAAUUUUCAAUGUAAAUUCUAGUGAACAUAUACUAUUUGAAAAGCCCACACUGCAAGAUUUUUUGGUAAAAUGCCAUAAUUCCUUCACUCCACCUGUUACCAAACAAUACAGUAUUCCUUUCACACCCCUCUUUGCAAUUCAACUCUUCCAACUCAUCUCUACCUAAUAUAGCAAUUUCAAUUCUAAUUUACAAUUACGAAAAUUGUUUCUUCCAUCCCCACACUUUUCAGGACUGUUUUUCAUUUUCAACUAUUUAUAUUUAUUUUUCAAAUUCAAAAUUAUACCCACCACAACCAGAAAAGAAGAACAACUCAUUCUUAGAAAUUCCAGCUAGCUUCCUUGUUUAUUCUCAUUCAAUUUCCACGUUAUUUGGACGCUUCUUGUUCUGAUUCUCAAUCAGUCAGCGGUUGCUUUUCGUGUGUACACAUUCAUUUUUCUCAUCCUCUUUCCUCCCGUUGCAUUCAAAUGAAACACAUUUUAAUAAAGAUUUCAAAAAGUUCAAU